CCAUUUUCUUGGAAGAAUUAAAAACAGUUCUACUAAGACUGGCUUUCCCUCCAAAAGAUGCCUGCACUUCAGAGCAGAGCAAAUCUUCCCAUCCAGUGUACAUGGUGAAAACAAGUGGAAAAGGAUUUUUAGGGGUGUAUAAUCCUGACCCACACCUCUUUCACAAUUUCAUCAUGCUAAAUGAGGCUUCAUCACUUCACAAAAACAGGCCUUCUUCAGCCACACCUCCAGUUAAGUCUGGCCAUGAAGAAGCCAGGUUUUCCUGGGAACAAAGCCUGAGAGCUUCAAACUCCACACCAAAAAUAGUAUUUACUGGCAUCUUAAAUCCUACGACAUGCAUUGAUGCUAAUGUUAACAUCCUGUUCAUUGUCUCCAAGGAGCAUUAUCCAAUUUAUGAUGUAAACAAUCUGUGCAACACAAAUGCUGAAUUUGACUGGGGAGACUUCCGGAGCCUUGCAGAGGAAAUCAGAAAGGCCUCCUCAAACUUCCUCCUCUUCCUUUUCCAGUUCCAGCACCCUGGUACCUAUGUUUUACGACUGAGUAGCAAUCAGCACAAAAAAAUGGUUUGUAUCAAGGAAUCCUGUGUUUACAAUUAUGAUGUCCCUCUCAGUGGAGCAUUUCAUGUUCUAUACAAUGGUUUGGAAUCAAAGGAAAUGUUACAAGUAAUAGUGACCAUCUUUUCACAUUGUACUGGUGAGUACAGCAGUAUGACUGUGAGUUUGUGUAGAUGUGUCACAUAUAUGAGUGCAAAAAGGUGCAGCUGCAGUGAAGUUCUGACUCAAUGUAACAAACAAAAUAACACUUGACAUUUCAAACAGCAGACCCAAUCAUGUAUGACUUGGCAUUUCUAUUUAUGCUUAUUUCAUUAAGUAUGUUAAGGUCAUGCCACGUGGUGGACAGUGUUAUGAAGAGGGUCCGUUCUUCCCCACAACUCCCAGAUAUGCUGUACAGGUGGGCAUUGCGAAAAAACAAGACCUCCUACUGAAACCUGACUGGACAGCUAUUAUUGGAUUAAUCACGGGACUUCUCAUAUUCCUUAUUACCUGCCUGCUAUCGACCCUUCUCUGUCAGCGACUUAGCUGGUCUCAGAAAGGCGCUGCCUGCCCCCCAUUUCGAAGGCAGCAAUUGAAAUAUGAUCUUGACAGAUACUCCUCCAAUAUAUCAACAGUGUUUUCCAUUAAAAAACGUCAUCCCUGGCUGCAGAACAAAGGCAGUCUGGAUGCUGACUCUUGCGGCAGUGGUGAAGCAAAAGCCUUCCUCCUAAAAAGAGGUGAUAUUUGGGAACCUGAAGAACAGAUAGACCUUGAGUCAUUCAAUACCAAUGUUUUCUUUGAACUUCUGCUGAGACAGUCUCUAUCAGUCACAGCCAAAUUGGGUGAUUUCAAAGAAGAGGUGAAAACUAUAUAUCGCAAGCUUACAAAUGAAAUAUCUUCACUGAAAGAACUUUGGAUAAUGACACUGAGCAUCCCAGAAGAGAGUGAGGCUUAUGAGAGCACAAUGAUUGAGAGUUACUUAAAAGCAAAGCAGCAGGCAGAAGAAGAGAUGCAGCACAGGAAACAGCUGGCUGCUGAAUAUGAGGAAAGCAUGAACAAACAAGUGCACUUAUUACACCAUGAUCUGAAAUGCCAGGAAGAGCAUUAUGUCAUGUUCAAUUCUGCCCUGCGAGAGGCAGUGAGAUUGGUAGAGAUGCUGACAAAUCAGAUGGCUUGUAGAGGAAACCAAACAAUAUGGUCUCCACUGGACUAUCCAAGCUUGUUAGCCCAGAUAGAUGCUGCAAGCAGCAAGAUGACAAGCGCAAUAAUAAAGGAAAGCCACCGCCUCAAAGCAUGGGGAGUGCUGGGUGAAGGAAUGGGAGCUUACCUUCUUAAUGAAACUAAAACCAGGAUUCUUACCAAGCAGGAGCUAGUGGACUCAAAUGGCACUGCUAAAGCACCUGACGUUGUCCACACGGAUCCUAUCACUGGAUUGCUAACACCCAACCCACAGUGUACCAUGCUGCUGAACAGUCACUGCCCUGAGCCUGUACCUAUCAAUCAUUUUCUGCAUCCCGAGACUGGAAAGGUACUUCCUGUAGCUGGUAACAUUGGUUAUGAUCCCAUCAGAUCGAGGCUGGUCUGUGCUGUUGAUUCUGCUUCAGGUGAGCUUCGUAAGUCUGAAGUGCCCAUAUUUCCCUACGUUCCUUAUCCAGUUUGUCCCAACACUGGUCUACCUGUGAAGACAAAACUUCCAGUACUAUGUCCUGAAAAAAUGUUUCGCCUGGGAGGACUCAUGCUAGAUCCAGUGACGGAAAUAGAAGUGCCAGUGCUUGCAGUUACAGUCCAUCCUCACACUGGGCAAAAGCUGUCCAUUGGCGGGACCUACCUGAACCCCCUUACUGGCACAGUGACGCCUCUGGAGAUUGGCGGACCCAUGACUGAGCCAGAGGGAGGCAAGAUUGUUCCAAUACUUGGAGUCAGUUUGGAUAACAACACUGGAGAGGUUAUACCUGUAGGUGGACUUGUCGGUCCUUUUGGAAACCUAAUGCUUCUUGGAGAUUCCUUCACUGAACCUCUGAGCGGGAAAACUGCUCGGGUACAUGGAGCUCACCUUGAGCGAGACAAGGUGCUGCCCCACGCUGGAAGUUACCGAGCAAUGUUGGAAGCUGACUGGCUUAUAUCCCAGACCCAUGUGGUGAAUGCUCUGAAGCAGUAUAAAGAGUCAGUUCUUGAAGAUGCCUAUUUAGUAGCAGACAGAUUGGCAGCACUAAAGGCUUCAAUAGAAAAUAUGAAGAAGUCUUUCACCAUUACAUUUUAUCAUGCAAUGCAUUGUCUGCAAAGCCUGGAGAAAAAACAGGAAAUAGCUUCGAGUCUCAAGAGUAAUGGGAGUAAACUGGGGAUGAUCAAAUAUCCUGGCACAGAGAUGUGGAUCCCUGCAGUGUUUGGAAUGAAAAUCCCAGAUCCUAGUGGGUCCAGUUUGAUGGUGCCAAUUCUCGGAAUAGACUGUGACUGGAACACUAGGCAGCCUUCCCCACUCGCAGGAACCAUGGAAGAUGCAGAUGGAAAAGGCCUUGUUCCUAUCACUAUUGGUGCCAGAACCAUAAGUCCUAUCACAGGUGAAAUUGGGCCUGUUAUAGGUGCUCAAACCAAUCCCUGGACACACAAUGUAAUUCCUGCCGUUCAGUCCUUAGGAGCUUUACCAAGAAGAGCAACAGAUCCAGAUCUGCUGGACCUUCUAGAAAAAGAAAUAAAUUUGAGGCAAGUAUACUGGCAUUGCAGAAGAAAGAAGGAAGAAGAGCUUCUCAAAGAGCUGAACUCCCUGUUUCUCCAUGUUCUUGAUGCUGCAAAAAAAGAGAGAGCACAGAAGAUAAAGUACAAAGAAAAAGUGAAAGACACUGAGAAAAUGUGCCAUUUUCUUGAACAGUCCUCUCUGCAGGAAGCUGAGAGAAGAACCUCAAAAUAUUUCAGCAGCCAGCUGGGCACUGAACUACCCAUCCUAUCCAAAGUUGAUAGAGAUGAAAAAGAACAGGAAAUACAGGUUCUGCUGGAGAUCAGAAAGGCACUGGAAAAGCUGAUGCAGUUCAUUAAAAAAAUGCAACUGCAAGAAGACCGAAUACAAAUGCAGCUGACAGAGAAAGAAAAGCAAGGGAGCCGCUUCUUGAACACUGAGACAGAAACAACCCUGAAGCUCAGAAAGGUCAUACUUGCCCUAGCCUCUGAGUUUCAAGAAUGCAUACUGAAACAACAAGCCAGCGUGGAGACUGCAUAUGCCAAACUGGAAUAUGUGAGGGACGUCUCAACUACCCAGACCCAGCAGGCAAAGGUGCUUUUCUCUGGGUCACGACAGUGUUUUGAAAACUAUCAGACAACCAGGUUUUAUGGCAUUAUUGGGUUCUCACAUGGUACAGGCAAGGUCAUCCAUCAAAAACUGAUCCCACUACUCAAGUCUAUGGUUCAUAUGCUGGAGGAAAAUAGCAAGAGUAGUAUACCACCAGAGACACCAGGCUACUCAUCAAGAAGCACUUUAAAAGCAUCUGCUGCUCAUUCAGAAGCAUUAAGAGCUGAAGCAAGUCAGGAAACUGCUUCAGCUUCCAUAGUAUCAUCUGUUCUGCCCACUUCACACUCACCAAGGAUCGGCCAUAUAAAACAUGAAAUCCAGACAAGGCGAGAAACCUUGUUUAUUUGCCCCUGCAUUUUCAUUUAG